UCGAUUCUAUUCGCACCACCCAGGUUAGAGUAUAGCCGUUCCACCAAGUGUUCGUUAAAGUAGUCGCUAGACUAUUCGCUGUUGGUUUAAGCGAGGCAAAGUAUACUUUAUAUACGUUUAUAAACGGUAAAAAAAAUCAACCAGCAAUCUGAGUGAAAGAGCGAAGAUUUGUUUAUCAGUGACCACGUGCUUUUUCCAUUUGAAUUUCUGGCGGAAUAAAUGAGCACGCGUUACAGGAGAUUAUACCAUGGAGGAAAUCAAACAGAUCAUCCGAUCGAUUGCCAUAUCUGGAUCGUCGUACGGUUUGUCGGUUAAGAUGCUUGCCGAUGACUUCAAAAAGAUGGAAGGAUUUGAUCUGCCUUAUCAGCGGCUAGGGUUUCGAGCCCCAGAUGAAUUUCUGCGCAGUUUGAACGAUACUGUUACGGUGACGGGAUAUGGGACUUCGGCGCUGGUUGAACCAGUUGUAACGCAGAGCACUCGACAUGUCCGAGAUCUGGUGAGGAAAAGCAACAGUAAAACAAGUGGGAAGAAAUUCUUCAACAAAAGCGGUUCUAAUUCAGUCUAUCGCUCGCCUCCAGAAUAUAAAUCAGACUACGGCAGAAGCAGCAAUCAACAGCAGUACCACAAUCGAUCAGGUACUAGCAACGGAUUUUGGAAACCAACCGCAGCUUACAUCCGUCAGACCAACAAUGAUCAUUAUGAUGAACAACGGUGCGACCCUCGAAAAGUCACUAACCAGGAAUUCGAUUUCCGAGACACGAAUGGAAAUGAUUUCGGUAGUUCAGAUGAGGAAAUGCCCAAGUUCGUUUUAACUGAAGAUAAAAAGCUAUCCCAACUGCAAAGUACACUUCAGGAGAUGACUAUCACCGCCACUCCGACUAAACCGUCCAAGGUUCGAUCGAAUGAUGCCAUUCCGGAUGAUGCCGUGCUUGCGCUGAUAAAUUCUCUAGAGAUUCCUGAUGGUGCCAUGAAUUUAACUGAUUCGAUUGAAACGCAAAAAAUUCCGGCAGGUAUUGUUCCGAAACAGUCGGUGCAAAUAUUCGUUACCGAGGUCCACAAUCCGAACCGCCUCUGGUACCACAUGGGUGAAAAUGCCAACAAAAUUGAUGAACUGAUGAACGAAAUCGAUGCUCACUACACACAUAUGGAGCGGGACGAAUGGCGUCUCAAGCCAUCCAAUGUGGCUGUUGGUCUCUAUUGCGUGGCCAAGUUUGCCGGCAUGUGGCAUCGGGGGAAAAUAGUCAGUGAUUUGGCACACAACAAGGUUCGAGUGUUCUACAUCGACUACGGUACCGUUUCCGAGCAGGAGCUUAAAGAUAUCAAGUUCAUGGCCAAAUGCUUCGCCAGCAUGCCAGCUCAAUCCAUGCGGGCAUCGUUGGCAUAUGUGAAACCGGUUGGCCAUCGGUGGACGCGCGAUUCCUGCUGGUCGCUUCUGUCACUUGUUUACGAAAAGAUCCUUUAUGCGUAUGUGGUGGACAUCAACAGAGAGGAGAACUUCAUGGAUGUAGUUCUAAUUGAUACCACUGGUAACAAGGACAGCAUCAUUAAUCAGCAAUUGUUUAUCAAAGGACAUGCUAUCUGGGAAGACGACGUUCCUUACAAGGAAAAAAGCACAGAAAAUUUCCGCGAGCGCACGAAAUCAUAUUCGGAGAUUUUCCCACGGUUCGACGACUUAGAGAAUGGAAUCUACCCCACACUGCUGGAAAUAGCGGACGAUUACUCAUCUGGUUUUAAUUUCCAACGAUACUUUAUGCAAUCGCUGCAAGACGACUGCGAGUUUCUCCAGCAUAUUUUCGCCUCACCCUUCACCGUUGAUCACUGUUUGCUAAUGGAUAAAGACUCCAUGCGGGAAGCCAAUCACUCCUAUGACGACCCCUUAUUGUGCGAUUUUGAAGAUGUUUAUGACUUUUAUGAGGAACCAUAUCUAGAAUACGUUCAUGACGCGGGUGAGGAAUUUGGAAAUGAUCUUACGCAAGCUGCGCCGGAGGUAGAUCAGAUUGUUGAAGUGAAGCCUACGAAGCCUAAAAAGCAGGUUAGAUUUAAAGAUCCUGAAAAACAGAUAAUUCCUUAUGAUGCAACCAGCCCGAUUGUUGAGAAUGGACCUAAUCAAAAUAAUGCUAAUACCGUUUUAGAUGAGAGUGUUCCUCAGUUGAGAGAACCUUCAAGAAUGGUCUAGAAUACGUUUUAAAAGUGACUAGAAAAAUUGGUUUGUUUUCAGCUAGGUUUUAUUCUGUAAUCUAAUAUAAUUCUAGUUUAUUUUUUGUUUAGUUGUUAUGAACCUAGUAUACAUGACCAUAUUCUUAUAUAAACCCUGUGUUACAAAGAAUGAUGCAAUAUAAUUUUACUUUCACAACUC